AUGACAUCGAUAGGAACGGGCUACGACCUUCUCAACUCCAUCUUCUCACCAGAUGGUCGUAACUUCCAGGUAGAAUAUGCAGUCAAAGCCGUCGAGAACGGAGGCACCUCCAUCGGCAUUCGAUGCAAGGAUGGUGUCGUCUUGGCAGUUGAGAAGGUGGUGACAUCAAAGCUGCUAAAGCCAGGUGCAAACAAGCGCAUUGCUACUGUUGACAGCCACAUUGGAGUCGUCUACUCAGGAAUGGUCCCCGACGGCAGACACUUCAUCGACCGUGCCCGCGACGAAUCCCAAAGCUGGCGCCAAAACUUCAAAACUCCGAUCCCCACCUCCGACCUUGCCUCUAGAAUGGGCGGCUACCUCCAGGCAUACACCAUGUACGGCUCCGUCCGACCAUUCGGCAUCAGCGCCAUCGUCGGCGGCGUCGACACUUCGGAGGAAACCCCCGUUGACGGAGAAGUUGGCUCUGGUCCCAAGUGCGGCGCUGGCGGCAAGGUCCCCGGCAAGCAUGGCGGCCCCUUUCUAUACAUGAUUGAGCCCAGCGGUCUGUAUUGGGGCUACUAUGGCGCUGCUACUGGCAAGGGUCGUCAGGCGGCCAAGGCGGAGCUUGAGAAGCUGGACCUGCAGUCGGGCAAUAUGACCAUGGAGGAGGCUGUCAAGCAGGCCGCGCGUAUUAUCUACAUUGCGCAGAAGGAUAACAAGGACAAGGAUUUUGAGUUGGAAAUGACUUGGAUUAGCGGCGUGGAUGGCCCGACCAAGGGUCGUCAUGUUGAGGUUCCGAAGGAGUUGAGAGAGGAGGCUGAGAGAUUAGCAAAGGCAGAAGAUGACUCGGAUGACGAUGACGAGAACGACAAGAAGGACGAUGAUAAGAUGGAGGAAUAG